AUGGAUCUGUAUUCAUUCGAGAAUCUGAGACAGGGCCAAAGUCAGCCUCAGAAUCACAUCAACCAUGCGUUCCGUGGAGCAGGACAGGUUCCAGCUCAGGCUCAAGAUGGAUCAGCCAUAGCAGCGCAAGAUCCCUACAAGGGAGGAGAUCAUGUCCAUGGUCCCGGCCACAUCCCAAUGCAGACUGCGGGACACGCACAAGAUACCGGUGGGCAGCUAUUCGACAACAUGGAGCUUCCCUACAAUGCUUCAUCUGAAUUCUCCGUCAACAUGAGUCAGUUUCGCCAAGGUGACUUUGACUUUGACAAUGUACCAUACGGAACACCCCAAUUCAAUGACUUUACUGGUCAACAGGUGCAGCAGGCACCACAAGGACAGCAGCCACAGGCUCGGCAUAUACACCAAGGACAGCAGCCACAGGCUCAGCACCUACAACAAACACAUCACACACAGCAGAGCCAGCAGAGCCAGACGUCGUUCCAGUAUAUGAACCAGUUCCAGCCUCCACCAAACAACCACAACCAAUUCCAAGGGGCUCCCAUAAUACAGGAAGAAACGCACUACCAAGCGCCUGCUUUCAGUCGACCUCCAUUGCAUCAAUCGUCGUUUUCGUACGACUCGUCCUUAAUGGGCAAUAGUAACAUCAACAACAUGAACAACAACCAUAUCCAUAAUAUCGACAAUCACCUCGACCACACGGCCAGCCCCAACAUAAACAUAGCGUAUUCCUACGACAAUUCGUUGGAAAUUCCUCCUUAUAUCGACAAUCCUCCCAAAAGGAAACCAUCUACCCACAUCGACAACUCGAAGACAAAGAGCUCCAAGUCGCCCAUCAUUAUCCAGUCCAAGAUGAAUACCACACCCAAGAUCACUCUUCCCAAGAAGAGCACCAAGCCGAAGCAUUCCUCGAAAUUACGACAGGGAAGCAAUGGAGUUGAGGACAAGGAUUCAAUAUACAGCUUCAGUGAGUUUCAAAAGACCACUGAAGGAUUAGCGGCAGAAGCUGGCAAGAAAUCCAAGAAGCCGGAGUUUUUCUUACCGUUGGACAACUUAGGCGGCGAUGGAGCUGGCUCUGGGAACGAAAGGCAGCCAUCUGGGAAGUUCUUACCAAAGUUUCCAGACUUUUCUGCGUUUUCUGACUCCUCAGUGGCCACGAAUUACGAGCGUAUGAGGCUUUUAGAGCCAGAUAUGGGGUUACAUUUCGGUGGUGCAGGAGAUGAUAGGGGAGGCGAGAGCCAAUUUUAUAACUUUCAGGACAAUGUGACUCCGUUGAUGCAACCUCCAGGAGUUGGAGGAGAACAGGGAUAUUUUGAUUAUAAAGGAGGCGAUGGCAACUCACCAUUUGUACUUAAUGCUGGGAGAGCAGUCUCAGAAGGAGGUAGUCAAGGUCAAGGUCAAGGUCAAAUGCUGACCCACAGAAUCAGUUCACAACCAAUCGAUGACACCUCUUUAAGUCAAUACUCAGACAUUGAUUUUCAUCCAGAUAUCAUAGGCUUUAAUUUUGAUGAUACAAACGAAUCUAGAAGCGCCUCUAGUCUUCUACUCGUUCCUAAGGAUAGUAAUAAUGGAAGCUCCAGCAAAGAUUUCGAGGACAACGAGGAGAACAGCAUCAAUAGUAACAAUGGCCAUGGAAAUGGCGAUUUACUGGUUCCCACUAGACCUUCCAUGGAAAGAUCCUCUUCCACUGGUAGCAUAAAUUCCCUUGGGGCAGACAAAGGUAAAAAGAAAAGAUUCCCCAAAGGAUCAGUAUGCCAAGUCUGUGGGAAGUAUAUCAGUAGAGAUAUGACGAGACACAUGAGAAUCCACGACGAAAGAGGUAGGUUCCAAUGUGUGUACCCCAAGGAUAUGUGUAACCAUAAGACCGGGAAUUUUAAUAGACCUUAUGAUUAUAAAAAGCAUUUGCUCCAUAUGCACUUUUUAUUUGAUGAUCCGAAGGGGAAAACUGCUCAUACUUUGGGAGAUAAAUUACCCUUGUUGGGAUCUUGCAAGGCAUGCAAGCAGAGAUACAACGCCAACGAUUGGUUACAUAAACACAUUUUAUCAAAUGAGGAGAGGUGUAUGUAUAUUCCUGAAGGUCAGUGA